AUGCCCUUCGAGCUCUUGUCACACACUCACCCGCGUUCGGUGCCGAGAGACUCUGCCGUCUACUUCGAGGAACCUAAUGGGACUCGUGUCGCUUUACGGGAACCUGAUACCACAAUGUCGCCUCCUUACACAACACGGGGAGCUUCUCCCGACUCGAGCCUGACGCCCCCGACUAAUCCGUUCGGUUCUAACCCGUUCGACACCGACAACGAUUCGAGCGCGGCACCCUCCCUCGCCAGUGACUCGACUUUUACUGUGAACGCUGUUGGGCAAACACAUCCGUACGACACCACAGACAGAUCAGGUCAGAGAUCGAGCUGGGCCGACUCCUCUCACCACCGUCUAAGCAGACCCGAUAUCGUAGGUUGCUCAACAUCCGUUUCUUCAAGCCCAACUAACAGGUUCCAGGAGCCCUCGCCGCUGGGCAGAGAAGUUCCGGUCUAUAAUGAAAAGGGCCAUCACCAAUCCUCUUCUGAGACGGACGUUGAAGCUAGCCAUGUUCCGCCUAUUAUUUCUGACCCCGAGAAGGCAAAGGAGACGCACACGACCGCACUUCCACCCUCAUCAGGCGAGUCUUUUCCCAAGAGACUUUACGGCCGUUUCCGCGCAACCUACUGCCCCAAGGAAGAGCCGCCUUUGGUCUUGCCCGUAUGCCCGAACGACACCGAGAAGCUCAGCUACGUUCACACCAACCGACUGCUUCUCUACAUCUUUGGCGUCUUCUCUUUCCUCUCGCUCGGCGCCGGAAUGUGGCUGUUCGCGCUCUCUGCCCCGGCAUUCUACUGGUAUGGCGUCUUCGCGGGAGCAAUGUGCAUCUACUUGUUGAUCUCCUACGCCGUCGGAAUCAUUGGACGAGACUGGGAUUACAAGGCUCACUUGGAUUUGGUUGAGCGCUUCCCUAUUACCGAAGACAACGCCCCGACUGUCGAUAUCUACCUCCCCUGCUGUUCCGAGCCCAUAGAAAUUCUGGAAAACACAUAUAAGCACAUUGUCAAUAUUGAUUGGCCUACGUCCAAGCUCCAGGUUCACGUCAUGGACGACGGCAACUCGGAACCGGUUCGACUUCUCGCUGAGAAAUAUGGCUUCAACUACUCCGUUCGCGAUGACCGGCCCCGUCUCCGAAAGGCUGGCAACCUGCGAUGGACCUUUGCACAGACCAGCGGAGAGUUCUUUGCCAUUUUUGAUGCUGACUUCUGCCCACGCCCUGACUUUGUUAAGGAAUUGAUGGUUGAGCACUUGGGCGAUGAUAAGACGGCCCUUGUUCAGAGCCCUCAGUACUUCCGCGUCACUGACGACCAAACUUGGGUUGAGCAGGGUGCGGGUGCCACUCAGGAAUUGUUCUACCGUGUCGUGCAGGUCAAUCGUAACAGAUGGGGAGCCUCAAUCUGCGUUGGAAGCAACGCUCUCUACCGUCGUGAGUCUCUUGUCGAGGUCGGUGGAACGGCCGAAAUUGGCUUCUCCGAGGAUGUUCACACUGGUUUUGGUGCGGUUGACCGCGGCUGGAAGGUCAAGUACAUCCCGCUCUGCCUCGCCACCGGUGUUUGCCCCAACUCUCCUCGCGCCUUCUUCUCCCAGCAGAUGCGAUGGGCUCGUGGUUCAACGACUCUUCUUACAAACGGCCACUUCUGGGUCUCGAAUCUCACCCUCAUGCAAAAGAUCUGUUAUCUGUCAGGCUUCUUGUACUACGCUGCAGUUUCACUCAACAUAUUCCUUGCCCCUAUUGCCGGCACUCUUCUCCUUGCUAUCCGCCCGGAAUGGUUCAAGUUCUGGAACCUGGCUUUUGCUAUCCCUUCGAUCCUAUAUGGUGUGAUCCUCAUGCGUUGCUGGGCUAAGGCCAAAUAUGGCUUCAACGUGCAGCAUGCCAUGACGGUCCAGAGCUACGCCUACCUCACCGCUAUCAAGGAUCGUCUCUUCAACAUUGAGCUUCUCUGGGCUGCCUCUGGCGACUCCAAGGCCCACAAGAGCAACAAGUAUCGCAACAUGCGCCUUCUUUGCAUCAUCUGGACCCUCAUUGUCACUGGUGCCAUGGUCGGUGUCGUCACAUGGCGCCUUGUCACUGGCUUCACCUGGUACCACCCCUUACCACUGAUCAUCAUCAACGUCUACAACCUGUUUAUCAACCACUACUUCAUGUUCUGCAACUGGUAA